AUGGAUUAAUUUAAAUUCCCCUCUCCGAUCUAAAACAAUUACAUUUGUGCCAGAAAAGCCUUAUUUAUUUAUUUUUUUUGAAUACUUGUGCAAUUAGACAGCAUGACGUCACAGAAAUGAAACUAGUCUAGAUUUAGCCCUUAACGUUUUUUUCUGCAUUUAUCGUAAUAUCUGUGUUUUAGAAAUGGGGUAUUUACAUUUUAUUACUUGUGCGAUAUUUGUCUUAUUAUUUCAUAAUUCGUGUGGAACAUUGUUGGACCGAUUUUUGGCAGAAUCAACUUCUUGUGAAGUACACUGUGAAAAAACAUUUUCUUCCUCUGAAUUAGUAAAGUCUUGCUCUGAAGGUUGUCGUCUUUUCAUUGUAAUAAGCUUGGCAAAAAAUUUUCCAGAUGCUAACAAAACUCAGCAUUUAUGUCAAUCAGCCUGCUUAGAAGCUUACAUAAAUGAAACCACUGCGAAAGGUUGCUUUUAUGGAUGUCAACAGGAUACGUUGUCAAAAUACAGAGAUACCAGUCAGACACUUCAUCUGCUGACACCUCUGGUUUAUGUUCGUAGUGCUUAUAAUACUGUAGUAAAUCAGGUGAAGCAAUUUAUCACUACCAGUUGGACAGUUUAUGUCCAGGAAGAUACUGGAAAGAUGGUUGUCUUAGAAACUCGUCCAAAAGUUGUUACUUCCGAAUUCAAUCACAACAGUGGACAAAGAUGGCAAGAAGAAAAACCAGAUUGGAUGGAUUGCAUUUCUCGCCAAUCAGGCAUACCUCGAUGGCUUCUGGUUAUUGUUUUAUUUGGAUUUAUAAUUGUUUUGUUGUGGUUGUGUUGUGCUGCUGCUGUGACUGCACCAAAUCACUAUUUGUCUUCUUCUGCAAAGAAAAACAAUGUGGGUUAUGUCUUUCUGUGUGAACCAGAUGAAGAUAUAAAACCAUUCAUAAAUCUUGAUGAAGAAGCACCUCCUUUGCCACCUAAAGUCACUCUCAUUUAAAUUCUUCUCAAAUUGAAAAAAAAAUGCAUUUAUGCAUUAGAUUACAUAUUAAAUGCAGAAUACUCUUUUUUUGAACUGGUGAUGGAAGAUUCAAUUUCUAUUUGCAAAUGUAUAUGUAAAUAUAUUAUGCACUACGUUUCUUAGACUUCAAAAAUUUAAGAGAUUGUUUAUCUUUUACAAGUAUAUAUGAAUACUUUUAAUAUAAUUUUAAUGGCUCUCAACGUUACAGUAAAUGAUUAGCUGUUCAAAAAAAGAAAGACAAAAAAUAAAGAGCUUGUUUGUAACAAAAUAGUUUUUUUGUAAUCAAGAAUUGCAGCCCGGUUUUGAAACUUUUUUUUCUUCUUUUCAAAUUUCAAUGUUCUAUACUUGUUUGUUCUGUGUUACUAAAUGUUAGAUUUUAUACAAAUUUGUGUAUCUUUUCAUAUUUUUCAUUUAUUGUAAAUGUAAUAUGAAAGGAACACUAAUAAAUCAUAUUUUUUAACUUGUACCAUAAUGCACUUGAAGAAAUCAUAAAACGCAAUAUCUAUGCAGUAAGAAAUGUGUAUAGUUGUAAUAUCAAAUAAAAGAUACUGUUUAAAAAAAUGGAAUAGAAAAAAAAGAACUUUAAUUUAAAGUAGGCAGAAUGAUUAUAAAAAACAUAUUUUAAUGAAAAAAAAAAGAUUUAAAUGAAUUCAUUUAUCUAUCUUUGGUGUAUAGAAUUCUAAAUUUAGAUAUAAUUUAUAGAAUCAUAAUUGCUAAUCUAAACCAAUUUUAGGCCCCCCCGAAAUAUGUAGGGCCUCUCCCGAGAGGCCAGCAGUGUAUAUUUGCAACGUCAAUAAAACUUAGUGCUUGUUCCCCCCCCCCCUCCCACUCACUUUGAUUGUAGGGCCCUUUAAGAACUUAGGUCUAUGGGUACGCAGAUCCGGGCCUGAUAUAAAUGCAAAAUAUAAAUGUGGAAAAAUGUAAAAAUAAACACUGAUACACACAAAAUUAAUAGAGAACAUAUAUUACAAGGUUUUAAGUUUCUGUAAAUAAUUUUUCAAGCAAUGGCAGUGGAUCAUCGGAUUUACUAUCUAUCAAUCACAAAGUGAAUAAAAAGCCCUGCAUAGUGAAAUCAAUAAGUAAUCUUGAUUGCUUGAAACAUUCUGCAGUGAUUUUUCAAAACAAUUGUUCUACGUUUUGUCUUCUAGUUUUAUGUUUAAAAUUGAAUUGUACUUUACAAUAUUAAUUUGCAAUGUUUCAUCAAAAUCCUUGUUUUUAUUUCUUGUGAUAUUUUUAUUUAUUCUCAUGUAGAAAUAAAUAUCAUUUCAAAUAAAAUUUUUAUGAAAUGAG